AUGCUUACAUUAUUUUUAUAUAGAAUAAUAUAUAUUUACAAAGUUCUACCUACAUUGCACAAAUAUUAUAAUUGUAUAAAAUAUACAAAAAGUUCUUUAUCUUUACUUAAAAGCAUAUACAUGCAUAAAUAUAUAAUUUUUUUAUUUUUCGCGCAGUACAAUUUAAUGAGGGAUAACAAUGUAAAAAAAUAUUAUAAAAAAUUUGAGAAUGGAUGUUCCAAUAAUAAGAAUGAUAUGUAUUACUGUUCACCAUUAUUAGAAGAAGGAAUUCAUGCUGAUGUUAAAUAUAUAUAUUAUAAAAUUUAUGCCAUUAAGACUAAGUUAGAAACUCUUGAUAAUGAAUUUACACCAGAUGAAAAAAAUUCAGAUAAAUUUUGUAUUUAUUUUAAAUAUUGGUUUUAUGAUCAAAUAAUAAGUAAAGCAUUGGAUGAGUCAAAUACACAGAAGAUUUUUGAGCUAUUGUAUAACUUAAAUUUAAGUCACCAUAUUACUUGCCCACAUAACACAUUAAAAAUAGAAGAAAUAAAAACAAUACAAUUGUUGUUAUAUUACUAUUUAGAUUUAACAUUGGAUAUAAAUGAAGGAAGUGUAUAUAAUAUGUUAUGUACGUAUGGAUUAAGAGAUUGUCUUAAUGAGUUUAUUGAUAUAUAUCAUAAUUAUAUUAUUAGUGAGGAAAAAAAAUCUGAUAAUAUCUGCAAAGAAUUAGCUCAAUUGUUGAAUAAUCACAGUAAGAAACAUUUACCUAUAUUGGAAUGCGAAGGGGGGACAGGCAAACCUAAAAGUGUUGUUCUAGACAUUGAAUCAUAUAGUAAUCAUAAAGGCGAAGGCACUUCUGAUUCACAAAGUGAAAGAGGAAUUAUACAUUAUAGUAUAACAACCAUAUUAUCAUUAGUUGGAGCAUUAAUUAUUUUUUUCAUUUUAUACAAAGUAAGAAUAAAUUUAAUUAUGAAAGAAAAUAUCAUAAUACACAUCGAUCGUUGGUUACACAACACCAUAUUAAAAAUAAGAAACAAAAAUCAUAAUCAGGAAUAUAUUCAAAAAGAAUUAUAUGAGAAUAUAUCAAAUCAAAAUAAUAUAAUAUUUUACAAUCAAGGGAAACAUUGGUCUUAUCAUUAUAUAUAA